AUGAGUUCUUAUAAAACAAAAGCAGUGAGUCUUUUCUUUGCAGCAAAUCAAGAAUUGGGAGAAUGUGUGCGUAAUUUACGUGAACAAGGAUUGACUUUUUCGCAAAUUUCUGAGACAUUAAAACUCCCGCUGUCGACUUGUUAUUCCGCUCUGAGAGCACUUAAGCUAUCAAAAGAUUAUACAGAAAGACUGAAGAUGGUAGUGAAAAAGAGAAAACGAGAAAAUCCCACAUCCUUGCACUUGAGUGGCAGCUGUGAUUCAAAUUUGAAAAUAAAAAAUUUGGGAGAAUCGCAUCCACUGUCAACUUCAACAAGUUCUACUCUUUCCUCUGCUUAUAGUUCAAAUAAUCAAGGGUUAAUAACAAGUCAUCUUCUACAAAAGACAAGGCAUUCAGAUGAAGCAAGCGCUUGGCAUCAGAAUCAGCGAAACUUGAAUAUGAAAUAUGAAAAUGGUAACGGGCAGCGGUUUAUAGGAAAUAGUCGCUCAUCGACGGCUGAGCCUGCGGCUUCAUCCACGGAUACUGAACAAAUGUUAAUGAGUACAUCAAAUCAAGUUGACUCUAGUUUUUUAAACGAAGUCAGAGACAGUAUUCCAGCAACUGCCGUCAAGGCAUGUUCUUUAAUGAAUGAUUAUGCAGUCAAAACAUUUGCUUUGGAAGAAAAUACCGAAAAUAUGAUCAGUCAGAAACUAAAAUGGGCUUUGGAACAGUUGGAAAAUUCGAAUAAACCAGAGGAAAUAGUACAAUUGAUGAAUGUCGUCUCUACUGCCUUAAACAUAUUAAAUAGUUUAAAAGAUAGAAAUAAUUCGACAGCUUGA